ACCAAGUUCUUGUUUUGGUUUUGCCAGUAUUGUUUCAUUAUGCCCGAGCCGGCCAAGUCUGCUCCCGCCCCGAAGAAGGGCUCCAAGAAGGCGGUGACCAAGGCCCAGAAGAAGGAUGGCAAGAAGCGCAAGCGCAGCCGCAAGGAGAGCUACUCCGUGUACGUGUACAAGGUGCUGAAGCAGGUCCACCCCGACACCGGCAUCUCUUCUAAGGCCAUGGGAAUCAUGAACUCCUUCGUCAACGACAUCUUCGAGCGCAUCGCAAGCGAGGCUUCCCGCCUGGCGCACUACAACAAGCGCUCGACCAUCACCUCCAGGGAGAUCCAGACCGCCGUGCGCCUGCUGCUUCCGGGGGAGCUGGCCAAGCACGCGGUGUCGGAGGGCACCAAGGCCGUCACCAAGUACACCAGCUCCAAGUAAAUUCUCAAGCUCUUGUCCAACCCAAAGGCUCUUUUCAGAGCCACUCACUA